AUGGCUGUAUCUGCCCUGUACUACUCCCUGCAUUGGCCGAUCAUCGAUCUUUGUCGUCCUGGUUCAAUUGUCAAGGCGUCCACGAUCGAUAUGAAAUGGCAUCUCGAGUUGCCGUUCUGCCUCUUUCUCAGCCUAUUUCUUGCUUCGCCAGUUGGUAGACUUUCCCAGUCCAGGUUUGUGUAUCUGCACGCCUUUUGCUCUCGCCUAGGCUCAACUCAAUUAGACUCACCCUCGCGUAGGCUUAAAGGCAGGCCGAUUUUGCUGCUUCGUCCCCUUGUCUGUCUGCAUCUGUGGGCAACAGCUCUAGUCGCCUCGACUACUCUUCUCAUUCCCGCCGCCUUGGGAUUGGUUAAUCGGCCUCAGGAUGGUCCCGUCUCUUCAACCAAUCACAGGCUUUUAAUUGGCCAAGCAGAACGUUUCAGCCUACGUCCACAGACUCGGGCGACGACGUUAGCCCUUCCGUUUGCCUGA